GAUCGAAUACAAUCCCCAGACACUUAGUCACCGUAUAAUCUUCGCGUUAUCCCCAUACUUUGUCAGUGGCCAGCUCAGCUGAAAUGUCUUUAAGCAAAAGGUCAAGUCAUAAACAUUUUCCAUCCGGCCAAAUGCCGCGCAACACACCAGCAUGACUCAAAGCCCAGAGCCACCCACACGUGUGUGGCUACUCAGGUACAGUAACUUUGGCCUGGGAUGUCAAACAUUUAACAACAUUUUCGAGGGAUCAAAAAUAGAGAGGCGAAAAAGGAGGAAAGGUCCUGGUUUUACCGAAGCACUCCAGGUAAUUACGCAGCGCAUACAAGUCAGCAGGUCAGUCUGUGGGUCAACAGGUAGCUAAGCGCCCCAGAUAUAAAUAAUCCUGUUAAGGAGCAGCAGGACAUCAUUCACGGCUCAAGCUGCCAAGCAGUCACAGCUCGCUCUGUCACAUAUAUUUCAACGAGAAGUAUCCACAAGAUAUAAUAUCUGAGAAAUGGAAAGCCAACGUAAUGCCAACGCCAACCACCGACGCGGAGCUCGUCCGAGCGUGGGCUAUCUGCUGUUCCAGUACCAGAGCGAGCUGACCCGCCGUCAUGCGGAACCCACGCGGCUGUCCCGCACCAAGAUCCACAUAAUCGAUGGCCUGGUGUCCCGCACCAUCCGCCACAUGAAGCAAUGCAGCCUGGACGAUCUGAGGGCCUGCAAGAGGGAGCUCGUCUACAAGGAGCAGCUACGUGAUCAGCUCAAGAACAUGCGACGCAAACGAUCCUCCUCCGCCAGCAACGGCAGAAAUGCUGACAGUUCCCCGGAGAAUACUGCCCCCAUUGUGAGUGUCAAGGCGCCAAGUACUCCACCGAAGCCCCGCUCCUCCAACAGCCUAUCCUCCAGGUUGGACCUCUACGGGCCAGAGAUCUUUGUCUAAGUCAAACCUUUUCUAUUGCAAUUUUAAAUUCCUUAGUUAACCACUACAUUUUUCCUUAACUGUUGACGAUUAUAAAUCAUACAACAUGAUAUUGUAUAUAAGCAAAAAAUAUGUAAA